AUGGCUACCGCGUCCGCGUCAACUCCAGCCCUGCAAGGCUUUUCACUCUUUCCGACGACAGUCCCCAAGAUCUCGAUUCCAAACCCACACAAAAAGAACCCAAGCCUGCACAGUAUCAGUGUCGUCACCUCGCCGGACAGCGCGUUUUCGCCCAAUGCCGAGUCGGUCGUGAUCAAAAUGGAGGAGGAACGGCCGCCUCUGCCUCGACUCCCUGCCCGCCUGGGCGAGCAGCAGCCCACGCGGGAAAGUACCCCUUCUCCGGAAGACAUCGGACGGGCAGUGAGCACGGUAUCGCCGAUCGAUGGGAAGACGCCUACUCAGCCCGUCCACCCUUCUGCUGCAGCGGCGGCGUAUACCCCAUCGUUAUACCAGUCGCCCGACUUUCGUCAAAAGUCAUCUCCGCAAGCCUCGUCGUCACUAGGGACAGGAUCGGCCACGACAUUGGUGGCAGCACCAGCUUCCACAGUGUACGUCCAGGUUGCGCCGAAUGACAAAUCCCCGAUCGGACCGUCGCCAAUCGUGCCCAUCCGCUCCAUGUUCCCCGUCUACGACCCUUCGGCGCCUGUGGCCACUCUGCCAGUGUUCGUCCCGCAACCCCCGCCACCGGUGCGAAUCUCCGGCAUGCCUCUUUUCGCAGGCAUACCACCUUCGAGGGAGGACUACCGAAGAAGCAGCCUUUCGAUCCCAUUCAACAUGUCAGCCAUGGCAGCUGCACAGAGGACGGCGCCGGCGAGUGUUCUCAACUUUCCGUCAGACGUCAUGAGCAUCAGCGUCGGUCCCCGCAUAUCGACGCAAAGGGAGCUCGAGAAGUUGUGGGAAGCUUCUCACGGGACUGAACCGGCUUCGUCGAUCAAGUCUUUCGAUCUCGAGAUGGCACGGACCGAGGAAGCAACAUUUGUAUUUGGCUCCCACCCGUCUCUGCCCUUCUACACCCUCCAAACGUACGACACGAAUGAGAUCGCCAUCUCAAAAACCUGCCCCAGCAAAACCAAUUCCUCUUCAGCCGGGGCGGAGAGUCCAGUCACCCGCGACGUCGUUCUCUGUCCGCUGGAGCCAGGUCCUCGCCGCCUCCCGCCCAAUGACGGCCUCGUGGCCUUCAUAUUCCCCAAGCUGGCGGCCCUCCUCGCUAUAAACCAAUCAGCCGCCCUCGCGCGACAGCAUAACCUCGCGCCCACGGACAGAGACGAGAUCGAAGCGCAGGCGGUCCGUCGUGCCGCUCAGCAAGAAGCCUGCCACUUGCGGUACAAUGCAAACGGCGGAUUCUACGAACUGGAACACCCGGCCAUAGGGCGGGGUGCUAUGGGAGGGGAUUUCGCGAUGAAAAGCCCCUCUCUGAGCUCGCCGACGACGAUCAAGAGCAUUAUGGGGAAGCCUGUGUUGCAUGUGACCAUUUCUAGCGACGGUCCUCUUCCCACUAUCAGUGUGAUAGACCCCAACGCGUCACGACGGACCGGCGGGAUCAUGACGCCCACCACCACGGCUCCAUCCUCUGCAGGAGCUGGCAUACGGCGAUUGUCGACGCUUCCACUGACCGAGACGUCGUCACCUUCGUCAGAGUUCUCAACCCUCGCGACCCUUGAUCUGACCUCUGAGAUCCUCCAUGUGGAUGCCAACGCCAUUCUCGACCUCAUGCCCAGCCUGUUCAGCAUCGACUGCAUCGUCUCAGCGAUUCUCUCCGUCGCCGUGGCAGACGCGACCACGAAUGCGGCGCUGGGAGGCAUGGAGAUCUGGAAGCCCAGACCUGCCCCGGCAUCUCGUCUCGGAACAGGAGCCAGAAGUAUCCACACCCGGGCCGGCAGCGUGAAGAGCCACGUGGGCAGUGUCUUUUACGCGACCAUCGCGGAACGGGAGGAGGCCGAGGAGGAGGCCAAACUAAUGCGGCGGGCCCACGAGGCCGACCUCCGCACGGGCGGCUACUCGUCAUCGAAAUCCAAGUCCAAAGGCUCGCGGAUGUGGUUUGGGCGGCUGUCGAGCAGCAGCGCCACGACGACCGACGACGACUCUGAUCACGUCUCGGAGAAGAAAUCUCGGAGGAAGAGGAAGUCCAAGACCAAGACCAAGAAGAUCGUCAUGCGCGAGUUCGACCUGGAGAAGCUGGGCCACUACCAGUCCGGCGACCGCAAGGGUGAGGAGUUACCCGCCGUCACGAGGGGAGCGCUCAGCGGGCUGAUCAUGGUGUUGAGACUGGUCGUCUGGCUCCUCACCACGGUCGUGCAGGUGCUGGCUUGGGUGCUGGUCCAUGUGACGAGGGGAGUGACCAGUGAGAAGUUCUGA